CGUCUAGAUCAGGAGCGAUGCUCAGGGCUUUUGGCGUUGUUUUGGGGUCGCGCGUAGGAGGAGUCUGCCAGUUUUCCGGGAGGGGCACAUUGGGAGCUGAGCGCUAGCUGGUUGCUAGACGGGAUUAAAGAUCUCAUGAUAGGCCUCAAAUCUCAGUAGCUCUGGAAGAGUUUUCCUGAGUCUUUUCUAAUCCAGCAACCUCCCUAGUAUAGUUUUAAGAAUUGCAGGUUCUGAAAUUAGAUUUGGGUUAUAAUCUUGGCUUCAUCGCUAAUUUUCUAAAUGGCAUUGGGAAAGUGACUUCACCUCUCCUGCUAAUCUGAAAAAAGAUGCCUGCAAACGACUUCGUACAACGCUGGCACAUCGUGUUUUUAAAAAGUCUGUGUUAGCUAUGAUAUCAGUUGCUCUUUUUGUACCUGAACAGCACUUUGUAGAUAUUUCUGUUGUGACAUAGUAUUGCAGUUGCAGCAUUUGCUUACUUCUCAUGUGACUGUGAGGAGGUUGAGGAUGGAGAGUUUUAUCUAUUCGUGUGUUAACCUGCCCCCUCCCGUUUCUGUCAGCGUUUGUUAAAGUGAAAGAAUAAAGGGGAAACACCUAACAAUAUGGAUAAGUAAAACUGGGAGGAGUAAAGUAUAAUAUUGUGGUCAUUUAGAGGGAAAGUAUCCGCCUGUACCUAUGUCUGUGUGCAGAGGUGCUGUUCCAAAAUGCAGAAGAAUUUGGAGAACAUACUGUGUGCUCAGCCUUGAUGAAAGCCGACAGAGAAACGAAGCGCCUUUUUGUGGGUGGCCUUAGCCGGAAUAUUUCUGAGGCAGACCUACAGAAUCAGUUCAGCAGAUUUGGAGAAGUUUCUGAUGUGGAGAUCAUCACUCGGAAAGAUGACCAAGGAAACCCACAGAAAGUCUUUGCAUAUAUCAACAUCAGAGUAGCAGAAGCAGACCUGAAAAAGUGUAUGUCUAUUUUAAAUAAAACAAAAUGGAAAGGUGGAACACUACAGAUUCAGCUGGCAAAGGAAAGCUUUUUGCACAGGUUGGCCCAAGAGAGAGAAGAGGCAAAAGCAAAGAAAGGAAAAUCAACAACAGGCAACACCAACUCGUUAGAAAAGAUGGGAGUGGUGGAUUUCCAUGUGAAAGCUGUGCCAGGGACAGAAGUACCAGGGCACAAAAAUUGGGUUGUGAGUAAAUUUGGAAGAGUCUUACCUGUCCUUCACCUGAAGAAUCAAUAUAAACGUAAAAUCAUAAAGUAUGAUCCCUCAAAAUACUGCCACAACUUAAAGAAGAUAGGGGAGGAUUUCACAGAUGCUAUCCCUGUAUCCAGCCUCACUUGGGAAUUGGAAGGAGGGAGUGAUCCAAUGAGUAAGAAACGGCGAGGAGAAUUCUCUGACUUUCACAGCCCUGCCAAGAAGAUAAUAAAAGUGCAGAAAAAUGAGGGUUCCGCCGCAUCUCUGGCUUUGAGUCCAAAACCUAGUAGCAUAAUGGAGAGUCCACACUUACUACAACGGACUGCACAAAAAACACUUCAUGAGCCCAUUACUCCUAAAUCACCCCGUGUACCUGAUUCUGAUAGUCAGAAACUUAAAAAUGUAUUUUUUCAGACUUUUGGAUUAGAAACUACCGAAAACAGAAAUAGCAUGUCUGAUGAUGAUAUUGAUUCUGAAGACGAAUUAAGACUAAUGAUUGCAAGAGAGGAAAACUUAGAGAAAACUACAUGGUCCUCAGUAAAUGAAUCUGAAAAUGAUCCCUUUGAAGUUGUCAGAGAUGAUUUUAAAUCAGAUUUUCACAGAUUUCAUACUUCAACAGGUUUAGGCAUCAAAAAUAAUGUCUCUUGCCUCACUAGUAAAGAUAAUAUUAUGGGAAACGAUUGUGACUCUGAUUCAGGAGAUACAGAUGAAAUCAUUGCAAUGAAAAAACAUUCUGGUAAGAUCAAAAACAGUAUAGAAUUUUCACAAACGGAAAAGUAUGUGCACAAGAAAACUUAUUUGAAAAAUGGGGAAAAGUGUGAUCUUUCUGAUGAUUGUAUUAAAGUACAAAAAAGAAAAAACAAAGUAGAGAUAGCCCUCAGUCAUGCAGUUAGGCCUCUUAAUCGUAAAUCUCUGAUUGAGUCCAGUAGCAGUGAAGAUGCUGAUUCUGUAUCAGAAUCAACUGAGUCUGAAGGAGAUACAGAGUAUAACACCAUGAUGAAAAACUGUCUCCAUGUGAGUCUCACUUUAGCUGAUUUGGAACAGUUGGCUGGCAGUAACCAGGAGGUGCCAAAAGAAGAUACUGAGAGCAGUGGCCAGGAAACCACCACCAAGUGUGACAGGGCCUCCAAGAGGCACAGGACUCUGGGUGGCCUCCACAAAGUCCAACAGUGUAUUCAUCCUGAGGAGAUUGUGGCUUCCCUUUUAGAAGGAGAAGAGGACACACAUGGAAAACAGAGAGCAAAGGAAAAUACUUUAAAACCAAAAUUCCAGGCUUUCAAGGGAGUGGGCUGUCUCUAUGGAAAGGAAUCGGUGAAAAAAUCCUUGAAAGAGAGUGUUGCCUCUAACAAUAUUAGUAAAGAUCGUAAUUCUUUGAAACUUGAGGAUCCCAGGAACACGUCCAUGGGAAAACUGUCCCUGAAUGCUAAUGGCCCAUCAAGUAAACUGUCUCCUUUCCAACAUGCAAAGAAGGCAAAUGACUCAAACCAAAUUCAGCCUCAAGAGGGACAGUCUACUUUUGAGAGCCAGGGCCACAAGGUAGUGUUCCCUAGCAGUUCCGAAAAGCGAAAUGGAAAUCCUGUUUCUAGUCCGUUGCCACUAAAAGAUAAGAAAUCUUUAAGUCUUGGUGUCAAGACUCCCAGGAGAGGUUUUGAUGAAGACUGGACUGGAAAGUUAGGAGAGAGCUCCGAAAAGAGGUGUGAUCUGUGCAGCUGCAAGGCCCCUGAGCCAUCACCAGAGGUCUCUGGAAGCGACCCUCAGGGAAGCAAAACUGACGUCCCCCUUUCUGUUAAUAGUUCAUCAGACAAGCAUGCUAAGGAUAAGCAUGCUGAAGAUAACCAGAAGCGCCUGGCAGCCGUAGAGGCGAGGCAGAAAGCAAAGGAAGCACAGAAGAAGCUGGUUCACAGUGCUCUGGCAAAUUUGGAUGGUCAUCCAGAGGACAAGCCAACACACAUCGUCUUUGGUUCCAGCAGUGAAAGUGAAGCAGAGGAGACAUCCACUCGUGAGCAAAGCCAUCCAGGAGAGAAACUGGUAAAAGAGUCCUCUGGGAAGCUCUUUGACAGCAGCGAUGAUGAGGAAUCUGGUUCCGAAGAUGACAGCAACAGGUUCAGAAUUAAACCUCAGUUUGAGGGCAGGGCUGGACAGAAGCUCAUGGGUUUGCAGUCCCACUUUGGCACUGAUGACAGAUUUCGCAUGGACUCCCGAUUUCUAGAAAGCGAUAAUGAAGAGGAACAGGGAGAAAUAAAUGAAAAGAAAACUGCUGAGGAAGAAGAGCUUGCUGCAGAAAAGCUGAAAGCCCUGAAUGUCGUGCAUAGUGUUUUGCACAUCAGCUUAAGCAAUUCUACAAGCAAAGGAUCAGUAGCUGCUAAGAAAUUUAAGGACAUCAUACGUUACGAUCCAACAAGGCAUGACCAUGCCACUUAUGAAAGAAAGAGAGAUGAUAAACCAAAAGAAAGUAAAACAAAACGAAAGAAGAAAAGGGAGGAAGCUGAGAAGCUACCUGAGGUAUCUAAAGAAAUGUAUUAUAACAUUGCUACAGAUUUAAAACAAAUAUUCCAAACUACAAAAGAUACCACUGAAAAGGAAGACAACACAUCUUGGAAUGAGGACUCUGAUGGAGAGAAAGCCAAGGUGGUCCAGGACCCUACAGCUCUGACUACUGGAGAUGAACAGCCUGGCGGGUUCACAUUCUCUUUUUUUGAUUCAGAUGCUAAAAAUGUAAAGAAAGAUGCAGUUGGAGAAGCCAUGACUUCAGGAAAGCCAGUGCUAUAUGGUAGGGGAGGGGAAAAAAUAGAGACCUAUAGAGUUGAGGCAGUGAAACCUGGGAAGAUUGCCUGGCAGGGAGACCCUCGUUUCCAAGACAGCAGUUCAGAAGAGGAAGAUGUUACUGAAGAAACAGAUGACAAAAACCCCAGCCCUGGAGAAGUAUCAUUACCUGAGAAGGAGACCACUAGAUUUUUCUUUUUCUCUAAGAAUGAUGAAAGACUUCACGGUUCUGACUUAUUCUGGAGAGGAGUGGGAAGUAAUAUUAGCAGGAAUUCUUGGGAGGCCAGAACAAACAGCUUGCGUAUGGACUGUCGGAAGAAACAUAAAGAUGCCAAAAGGAGAGUGAAACCAAAAUAAUAAAUGUCAUCAUUAGUUUUGAUACUGAAUGUAAACAAGGUUCACCUGUGGAAAUUGGGGUCAUGUAGAAAAUAAUUUUAGCUAACAAAGAAGAGUUCAGAGUGAAGGAAUAUUCAGAAUCCUAUCUGGUGGACAUCAUUCUGGUUGCUUUCUUUUUCUGUAGAUUUCCUCUGUGUUUGUUCCUAACUAAGUAUUUCAAACAAUUAACCUGAACAUUUUUUUAAAUGAACCACAAGAUAGCCCCUCAAAAUACUUUUGAUAUAUAUAAUUUCUUUGCCUUCCAUUUUCAGUAACUAAUCGCCAUCUUCUGACACAGAGUUUACAUAAAGCCUUUUAAAAUAUAUGGAUCAGAGCACUUGUAUUUUCCAAGUUCUGUUUUGUGUGAAUUAUACUUGAAAUAUUUCUGAUUUUAUCAAAUACACCUUACCUCCAUUU